ACUCUCUCACUCAUAACACCUAUCACACUCUCCUUAAUUCUACAUAGAUAACUAAUCAAAUGAAGAUUCAAUGCGAUAUGUGUGAGAAAAAGGAGGCCGCCGUUUACUGCACCGCCGACGAAGCCUCCCUCUGCGAUGGCUGUGACCGCCGUGUCCACCACGCCAAUAAGCUCGCCAACAAACACCCUCGUUUCUCCCUCCAUUCUUCCUCCGAUCAACCCCCUCGCUGCGAUAUCUGCCAGGAGAGGAAAGCGUUUCUGUUUUGCAAAGAAGACCGAGCGAUUCUCUGCAGAGAAUGUGAUAUUUCGAUUCACAGAGCAAACGAACACACAAAACAUCACAAUCGGUUUCUUCUCGCCGGCGUUAAGCUGUCGGAUUCGUCUUCCUUUUACGAUAAUUCAUCGGAUCAAGCUCUGUGUUCUUCCAACUCAAAUGGAUCUAGAGAAGCCGAUAGCAGAAUAAACUCCGUUGUUUCCCAAACUAACAAUUCCACGUCAGUGAACGAUUAUUGUAACGGUGUGAGCCAUGGAGAAGGCGCUUCAAUGGAGGCCGGAAGCAGGUCGGAGUAUUUCAUAGAGACGUUACCUGGGUGGCAUGUUGACGAGUUCGUCGAUCCUUCUGCUUCCAAUUACGGUUUCUUCUACGAGGGAUAUGACAGUGGUACAUGUACGUUGCCGUUUAUGGCACAUGAUUCUGACAACAAUGGAGAUUUGGGUAACUUAUGGCCAGACGAUUUGGGUAUUCUGGUAAAUCCAUCAUCCGCCAUGGAUAAUCAAAUAUCAAGGUCAAAGAAAGUGUUCUCUAAUAAAGAUCAACAAACAUUCAACUCUUCAUCUAUCAAGAGACCAAGACAAUUAUGGUAG